AGAGUUUCUACCAAUAUUGGUCUAUUUAUUUAUUGUUCAUUGAUUAUUUAAGGUAAUACUCAAAUUUGCAUACAUGUAAUAGGAAAGCAACUGUUACAUCUCAUGCAUUCACAUUCUCGCUUUCUCCCGUACAUAUUGUUUUUGUCGCUCGCCGUCCAGCUACCAGACGGCGACGACGACAACUUUCCUGGCCUACCGUUGUCCUGCAUGUCGGCCGUCGGCCGGCGUUUCUAGAUCAAAAUGUCCACACAACCGUCACACACUCUCCUACAAAUCAUCCUAAUCUCCGCCCACGAUCUCCCUCCGGUGUCGAAACCCCUCCGCACGUACGCCGUUGCAUGGCUAGAUUCCGGCCAUAAGUUGACGACGAGGAUCAAUCGUGAUGGCCACAAUAACCCGACGUGGAAUCACAAGUUCACCUUCCGCCUCGAAAACCAGCUUCUCGGCUCCGGCGACGCCGCCGUCAAUUUCGAAAUCUAUAGCGUUGCAUGGCUACGUGACACUCCCAUUGGCACCGCCAAGCUUGCGUUAAACAACUUCUUUCCACCACUUUUGGCCAAUAAUUCCUCCAUAAGGACCGCCGCCCUUCCGGUCCGCCGCCCCACCGGACAUUUACAAGGAACCCUCAAUGUUAGUAUCCAAUUCAAAGAAACCGGCGGUAUCCGCUGCCAUUUAAAUGUCCCAUCCCAGACAAAUAUAGAAGAAGUGAAUGAUGAUGAAACUAGAGGUAGUGCUUCAAAGGGGUCAAACAUGUUUGAAGAAUAUAAGGAUGAGAAUAAAACCUCGGAGGUUCCUGCUGGUGAGGAUGAAAUUAUGCAGGCGACAACAAACAUGUCAGAGGACGAGGCGAAAAACUCACGCCGAUCUUUUAUUUCGUACAUCUCCGAGAUGCACCCGUUACCAUCGAAAAUGGCAACGGGUCUAUCGAAAGGAUACCUUUCUGGUAAAGAAGAAGAUUACGGGAGUUCCAUAUUCGAAAAUUGGUCUAUCCCGGACCGAGAGAGUAAUAACAAUAAUAUAGAAGAUCAAACGGUGAGAAAAGAUUCAAUGAGCAUUUCAUCACUUUCGUGGGAAUUAAUGGAAGAAAAUUUUAUGCAUUCGCCCACAAUAGGAGACAACAAGUUGAGUGGGGAAGGCUCAUCGUCCCCGAUAAGGAAAUCAAGAUCAGGAAUACAUCAUCGUCGCCACCACCAUCACCGGCGGAGAAGCCAGUCCAGCGUAGGAUUGAUGUCAUGCUUUGGAAAUGCAUAUGGGUUUGAGUACAAGUUCAUAUGUGGGUCCGGCCGACACCAUAAAUAGGAACGAAAUGGAGAAAAUUUCUUAAAUAGGAUUAAAACAUAGAUAAAAUGUACAAAUAGAAUUGUCACUAUCUUAUUCUUUCUAGAAUAAGACUCAUCCACUCCUAAUUGAGGAAAUUUUAUAUUUUCAAUAAACCG